GAAAUGUUGCAUGUUUCUAUCGCUAUAUCACUUCUAGUGGUAGCCCUCACAGAGAGUCUGCCCACCACGCUAGAUGAAUCCGAUUUGAUGAACGAAUGCCUAUACUUCAGUCACAUCACCCUAGAGGAGUUACAGGCACAGAUGAACGUCAGCAGCUCCGAGGAGGAUCUGGAGAAUCUGGAUAGGAAAUACAAGUGCUUUGCCCACUGUCUGGUUGCGAGAGCCAACCUUCUGGACAGCCGCGGUCGUGUGGAUGUAGCCAAAAUCGAUGAGCUUGAGCCCCUCACGGAUGAGCAUCGUCAAGCGCUCGAAAACUGCAAAAGAGCGCACGAUGAUGACCCCGAUAACUGCGAAUAUGCCUUCAGUAUGUUCCUCUGCUUAUCGGAUUACCUGGAGGCAAGUGAUGAGGUAGAUGAAGAGCAGGAAAAAGACAACGAUUUGAAUGAAUAAUGCAACAGAAAAAUAUAACUGGUUUUGCGCAACUCUUUGGAA